AUGAACAAUGUUCUAUUUUUCAAUAGGUUUUCAUUGGAAGAUGCUUGGCGAUGGAUCGUGUUGAUCGAUUGGAUCAGAUUGAUGCUUUCAAAGAAGCCCAAGGUUUUUCUAGCUCACAAGACUUUGAAACGGCUGUCUCAAUUUCAGCUCAUGAGCCACAAAGAAAAUUGGCGGGUUUACGUUGCCAACCCGAUCAUCAAAAUCCAGAAGAAAGUGGAGAACCUUUAA